AUGCGUAUGUUCCUCACCGCAAAGGGUUUGUGGAGGUACGUUGAUGGUACCGCCACUGAAGACACGGAGAAGUCAAGUCAAGCUAUUGCGAACAUCGCAUUGCGACUUGAAGACAGUCAGUUGAUUCAUGUGAUGAUGGCAACAAUUGCCCACGAAAUGUGGCAUGCUUUAGAAGCAAUGAAUCAGCGGAAGGACAUGUCAACCAAGAUGUGGCUCAAGGAGAAAUAUGCGACAUUCCGAUACAGUUCGGACAGCAUGACCAAGCAUCUUGAAGAAGUGGAGAAGCUGCUCAUGGAAAUGAGAUCAGCAUGCUGUAUGCCAGAACAAGAGGACAUUUGUGCGACUCUGUUGAGAAGUCUACCGUCCCAGUACGAUAUGUUGGUCCAAUUGUUGCGUAUGAGUAUGCACAAGAUUACAUACUCAGCACCGAUCAUGGGGACAUUACAAGAAUAA